AUGCCCGAGCCCUCCGCGGCCGACUCCCCUGCGCGCCGGGUUGCCGCGGCCCCUCCGCCCCGCCCCAUGGCCGCCUCCGCGCGCUGGCCUUGGCCGGCCUGCCCCGCGCCCGCGCCGCUUGGCCCCGGCGCGCCCGCUGACUCGCCAUCUCCGCGCAGGGCCUCCCGAGCCGACUUGGCCGGCCUGCCCCGCCCCGGGCCUGCUGCGCGUCCAUGCGCCAUCGCGCUGUGCCCCGCGCCCAACUCCCCGUCGCCGCGCACCUGCACUCCCACGCCCCUGGCCGCCUGCGGCGCUCGUGCCGGGUCCGGCGCGCCGCGUCGUCCAGCCGGCUUCCCGCUAGCCUGCCGCCGGCUCCCACCCCGUGUGUGCAUCGCACCGCCGCACCAGCCGGCCGCGGCCCCGGGCCGCCUCCGCCGACCGCCGGCUCUGCCUCCACCUCCGCCGAGUCGCGCGUGCCGACUCCGGCUUCACCCGCGCCUAGCCGCCGGGUUACUGGCGCCCUCACAGCCGGCUCCGCCGGCCGACCUCCCGCACCCCGGCCGCGCCAGCGCCGACUCGCCUCUCGCCCGCACCGCCCCGCUCCGCGCGUCGUGUCAGGCUCCCUUGCCAUGCCUUUGA